CAUACGCUGGCGCCGUUCGUGCUUGCUUCCAUGACUUCGCACGGCCACGUACGUACGUGCGUAGCCUCUUACGUAGAUUGUCCGGGGCGCACGGGGGCCACCACGUGAAUGGCCCCACAGACGCGCCCCCGCCUAUCACCCUCACGCCUCCGUCCCCUUCACUCGCAGCAGCGGUAUUCACCUCCCUUGCUCCACUCCCCGUCGCUCUCGCAUCUCAUCGCGACCCAACCCCGCGCCCGUCCCAGCCGGUGCGCGUCUCCACUGAUCUGCACGAUCGCUCGUCCGGGCCCCGGCCGCGGGCGCUGCCGGCGGCCGGUAGCUGCAUGGAUCCCUCGGGGCCAGCCGGUUCGUCCUCCACGGCGCCGGGGGGCGGCGAUGCGCAGCAGCCGGUGCAGCCGCUGGCUCAGGCGCAGCCAGCCCCGCUGGCCGCGCCGCCGCAGCAGCUGAGCAGGUACGAGUCGCAGAAGCGGCGGGACUGGAACACCUUCCUGCAGUACCUGCGGAACCACCGGCCGCCGCUGACGCUGGCGCGGUGCAGCGGCGCGCACGUCAUCGAGUUCCUCAAGUACCUGGACCAGUUCGGCAAGACCAAGGUGCACGCGACCGGGUGCGCGUACUACGGGCAGCCCAGCCCGCCGGCGCCGUGCCCGUGCCCGCUGCGCCAGGCGUGGGGCUCCCUCGACGCGCUCAUAGGACGCCUGCGCGCCGCCUACGAGGAGAGCGGACACGCGCCGGAGUCCAACCCCUUCGCGGCCCGCGCCGUGCGGAUCUACCUCCGCGAGGUCCGCGACGCGCAGGCUAAGGCGCGGGGCAUACCCUACGAGAAGAAGAACCGCAAGCGCAAGCAGCCGGCGCCGCCGGAGCCCGGGGAGGCGUCGUCAUCGGCCGCACCGGCAGCGCGGGAUGCUGCCGCUGGUGCUGCCGCGAGCGGCGGAGAAGGGUCCAGUGGCAGCGCGGCGGCAGCUGCACCGACGACUGACCGGGCGGGAGAGAGUGGCAGUACUCCUCCUACUACUACAGCACCGAGCACCACCUCCCGAGCAUAGUAGAAUCACUUUGCAAACCCUGCUGUCUAUUUGCUUCUGUACGUCUCGUUAUACCUCGAGCUUUGCAACAUUUAAGCCUUUUUCUUUUGCCAUUUGGUUUCAGUAUCGAUCGUUCUCGCUCUUUAGCAAUUGCCUCUCCUGCUUAUUUUCCUGCUGGAUUUCUUCCUGCUGUUUCUUGAGUCUUUUUCCUAGCUGUGCUGAAUUAGCUAGCUAGGUCAGUAAGUGGCAACUUUGGCGAUUAGGAUGCGGAUUCAUGAGUCGACCUGUUUCUCAAACAUAUCCAUGAUCAGAUAAAAACAAGAUUUGAGGCUAAUUGCACAUUUAAGAUCUUCA